AUGAAUCGUACCAGCGAACACAAAUAUCCUCAACCCCCAGGCUCUACCCAACUAGGAAAUUUCGCAAAACUACCCCUCGAAAUCCGUUUAAUGAUAUGGGAAAACCUAUUCUACGACAUCCACGCAGCCCCCCACAUUUUAUCCAUCCUACGCUGCAACAGCCACCUCUACCAAGAGAUAUCCUCGCACGUCUACAGCGGAAUGAAACACGAAAUUCGAAUUUCCAGCACUAAGAGCCUAAAGUGGCUAUACGUCCGUUUGAUCUCCAAACGAAUGCCCGCAAAAUGGCGGGGACUGGAGAAUAUCAAAGCUGUCCAAAAACAUCUUACCAACUUCCCACACGAUAAAAUUAAAGGGAAAGAGAUAUUCGUCAACAUUAUACUCUCCUCCCGCAACGAUAUCGACCAAAUGAUGCAACUAGAAGAUAAAGCUAACAGACUCGUCGAUAUUCUGGAAGCUGUGCCUGUUGUGCCUACAGUGUUGGUGAGCUUAUUGGAAGAAAAUGCGAAGUAUAUCAACUACACGGAGGAGGUACCACCUGAAUACAAAUUCUGGACUAUCCCAUUCAUGGGCCUUUCAAACUGGCACUUUCGAGUAUCGAUGCGUCUUUCUGAUGUGGUAACAAGCAAGAGAAAGGAUCCAGAUUGUUCUCUUAUGAAUAAACCGAUAAAAGAUGAGGUAUGA